GACACGGAGAGCGAGCGAGAGGCAGAACGAGAGGGAGAGGAGGAGGAGGAGGACGACGUGACGGCAGCACCCGAAACAGAAGCUGUGAGGAGUGUACGACCCCCCCGCCCCCCGCAGGUACUGGACCACUACAGCCGGGUUGGAGGUCCGCAUUUGGGACACUCGCUGCGGACUGUUACGCGCGGCGGGGUCUCCCUGCUUGCCGCUCUUCCUCCCCCGAAAGGAGGGCUCGUAGCGGGGGAGAUCGACGGCGCGGAGGACUGACAGCGCGGUGGAGGAGGAGCUGGGAUGUCCUGAGUCAGUCCCGCGGGGCCAGAGAGCGCUGUGCUGAUGGGACCUGCUGCGCCGCCAUGAGUAUACAAGAUGGCGGCUGCAGCUACGCCAGCAGCGCCAACAUGGCCGCCGCCUGUGGCAGCAUGCGGCGGCGCCUGGAGGACCAGGAGUUCGCCCUGCGCGUCUACCCGGGCGCCCUGGCCGAGGGCACCAUCUACUGCCCCGUCGGCGGCCGCAAGAACACCACGGCCGCCGAAGCCAUCGAGUGCCUCAUCGAGCGGCUGCGCCUGGACCGCACCAAGUGCUACGUGUUGGCCGAGGUGAAGGAGUUUGGCGGCGAGGAGUGGAUCCUCAACCCCGGCGACUGCCCCGUCCAGCGGAUGAUGCUGUGGCCGCGCAGCGCCCUGGAGAACCGCGGCGGGCUGGGCAGCGGCGACGACUACCGCUUCCUCCUACGGGAGAAGAACCUGGACGGAUCCAUUCAUUACGGCGGCAGCCUGCAGAUGUGGCUGCGGGUGACCGAGGAGCGUCGGCGCCUGGUGGAACGGGGUUUCCUUCCCCAGCCCGCGGGGAGCGACCCGCCCUCCGACCUCUGCGCCCUGCCGGAACUGACGGAGCGCACCAUUUUGGAAAGCCUCCGCGCGCGCUUCCGCCAAGAGAAGAUCUACACCUACAUCGGCAGCAUUCUCAUUGUGAUUAACCCCUUCCAGUUCCUGCCAGUCUACAACCCAAAGUACGUCAAGUUGUACGACAACCACGCGCUGGGGAAGCUGGAGCCCCACAUCUACGCCGUGGCGGACGUGGCGUACCACGCCAUGCUACAGCGCCGCAAGAACCAGUGCAUCGUCAUUUCCGGGGAGAGCGGAUCGGGGAAGACCCAGAGCACCAACUUCCUUAUUCAUCACCUGACCGCACUCAGCCAGAAGGGGUUCGCCAGCGGGGUGGAGCAGAUCAUCCUGGGGGCAGGGCCCGUGCUGGAGGCCUUUGGAAACGCUAAGACGGCUCACAACAACAACUCCAGCCGCUUCGGCAAGUUCAUCCAGGUCAACUACCAGGAGAGUGGCACAGUCAGAGGAGCCUAUGUGGAGAAGUACCUGCUGGAGAAAUCCCGUCUGGUGUACCAGGAGCACAACGAGAGGAACUACCACGUUUUCUACUACCUGUUGGCCGGAGCCAGCGAAGAUGAGAGGAAGUCCUUCCACCUGCUGAAACCUGAGGAAUACCACUACCUCAACCAGAGAGGAUUCAUCUCAAAUGCAAGAGAAUUUACAAAAAUGAAGCCUGAAGGUACAUUUGGAGAGAUUGAUGGAGACCCUGAAGAUGAUGUUAAAAAAUGUAUGACAAAGAAAUCGCACAAACUCCACUGGGACAAUUACUAUGAGAGCGAGCUGCAGGACUGCUUCACAGUGGAAGGAGAGGAUCUGAAACACGACUUUGAGCGUCUGCAGCUGGCGAUGGAGAUGGUCGGCUUCCUGCCCACGACGCGCAAACAGAUUUUCUCCCUGCUGUCAGCAAUCCUCCACCUGGGAAACAUCCGCUACAAGAAGAAGACCUACAGGGACGAUUCCAUCGACAUCUGCAACCCAGAGGUGCUGCCCAUCGUCUCGGAGCUGCUGGAGGUCAAAGAGGAGGUGCUGCUGGAGGCGCUGACCACCAGGAAGACGGUGACGGUGGGGGAGAGGCUCAUCGUACCCUACAAACUCGCAGAGGCGGGCACGGUGAGGGACUCCAUGGCCAAGUCCCUGUACAGCGCGCUGUUUGACUGGAUUGUGUUCAGGACCAACCACGCGCUGCUGAACAACAAGGACCUGGAGGACAACUCAAAGAUUCUGUCGAUAGGAGUCCUGGACAUCUUCGGCUUCGAGGACUACGAGAACAACAGCUUCGAACAGUUCUGCAUCAACUUCGCCAACGAGCGGCUGCAGCACUACUUCAACCAGCACAUCUUCAAACUGGAGCAGGAGGAGUACAGGGCAGAGGGCAUCAACUGGCACCACAUCGAGUACAUCGACAACAGCGGCUGCCUCAACCUCAUCAGCAAGAAACCCACAGCGCUGUUCCACCUGCUGGACGAGGAGUGCAAUUUCCCUCAGGCCUCCAACCAGACCUUGCUGGACAAGUUCAAGCGACAGCAUGAAGGAAACAGCUACAUCGAGUUCCCGGCCGUCAUGGAGCCCGCCUUCAUCAUCCGACACUACGCCGGCAAAGUCAAGUACGGAGUCAAGGACUUCCGGGAGAAGAACACCGACCACAUGCGUCCCGACAUCGUGGCCUUGCUCAAGAGCAGCAAGAACGCCUUCGUCUGCAGCCUGAUGGGAAUCGACCCGGUGGCGACCUUCCGCUGGGCCGUGCUGCGAGCCUACUUCAGAGCCCUGGUGGCUUUCAGGGAGGCCGGCCGCAGACACAUCCACAAGAAGAGUGGGAACGAUGCAGCGGUUCCCUGUGCUGUCGUCAAAACUGUCGACAGCUUCAGUUUCCUUCAACACCCGGUUCACCAGAGGAGCCUGGAGAUCCUUCAGAGGUGCAAAGACGAGAAGUACAGCAUCAGCAGGAAGAACCCGCGGACGCCUUUAUCAGAUCUCCAAGGGACCAACGGCCUGAACGAGAAGGCCAGCUGGGAUGGCUAUGGUGUCGGCUGCAACGGUCGCAGCUCCCGGUCCGGUCGUCUCUCUUCCACAGGAAGUCCCGCCCUGGAGGAAGACGGGAUCUUCCUCAACUCGACCAGCAGCAAGCUCCUGGAGAGGGCGCAGGGCAUCCUGCUGAGGAACAAGAACGUCAAAACCAAGCCGAGCCUCCCAAAGCACUUGCUGGACGUGAAGUCUCUGCGCUACCUGAGCAGCGUGACGCUCCACGACCGCAUCACCAAGUCCCUGCUCCACCUGCACAAGAAGAAGAAGCCGCCCAGCAUCAGCGCCCAGUUCCAGGCGUCCCUCAACAAGCUGAUGGAGACCCUCGACCAGUCAGAGCCGUACUUUGUCAAAUGCAUUCGCUCCAACGCAGAGAAGCUGCCGCUGCGUUUCAGCGACAGCCUGGUGCUGCGGCAGCUCAGGUACACGGGCAUGCUGGAGACGGUCCGGAUCCGACAGUCAGGGUACAGCAUCAAGUACACCUUCCAGGACUUUGUGCGUCACUUUCACGUGCUGCUGCCCCGAGACACGAGCGCCACCAAGUCGGGCAUCAGGGAGUUCUUCAGGCGGAUCCACCUGCCGCCCGCCGGCUACCAAGUGGGCAACACCAUGGUGUUCCUGCGGGAGGCGGAGCGCCAGCGUCUACAGGCCCUCCUCCACCAGGAGGUCCUGCGCCGCAUCGUCACGCUGCAGCGCCGCUUCAGGGCCGUGCUGGAGAGGAAGCGCUUCGUGGACGUGAGGCGAGCUACCUUCGUCAUCCAGCGGUGGUGGCGGGUCCGCCUCCUCAGGCAGUCCUCCGUGGACUCGGCGGAUGAGGAGGAGGCGGCGGUGUGCCUGCAGGCGGCCUGGAGGAGCUACAGGGAGCGCAGGAGGUUCCUGGAGCGGCGGGACUCCGCCGUGGUCCUGCAGCGGAGCUGGAGGAGGCGCUGCCGACGCAGGUGUGAGGCGGCUGUCACGGUGCAGGCGGCGUGGAGGGGCUUCAGGGAGAGGAGCCGCUACUCCCGGACGUGCGGAGCCGUGACGCGGCUGCAGGCCAUGGCCAGGGGGCACAUGGCUCGGCUCAGGUUCAGGGAGGUGAAGGAGCAGUGCAGAAGACUAAGUCCACCAGCAGAGACUGACACAGGAGACGUGGAGGACCUCGCCUCAUCAGGACAGGAGGCUGAUGCCCAGGACGUCUCUGUGGACCCCCCCGAGGACUCUGCGUCCGCUGCGUUAGAUUCGGGGGAGACGGAAAGAGAAGAAGACUCUGAGCGAAGCCGGAGCACCGACGAGCCGAGCCACAGGAACCGGUCGAAGCGAGCGAGCAGGCGCAUGAGAGAGCUGGAGCAGGCCCAGUUCAGCCUGGAGCUUCUCAAGGUCCGGACCACAAGCGUCCAAGAAGACUCGGCCCCGGGCGGCGACUCCUGUCAGCUGGGAGACCCCCACGGACACUCGCCCUGGGGGUCCCCGGCGAGUCGCGGCAGUCUUGAACUGCUGGAUGUGGAAGACAUGGAGGCCGACGGCUCGGGAGGUUUCGGUUCCAAGCCGACCGACCCCCGAGAACGACCCCGGGCGCCGGGCGUCCAGCUGAGCUCUACUGAGAGGCCGCCGACGGAGCCCCGGGCCACGUUCUACAUCGCCUCGGACCAAAGUCCGGCACACCAACCAACGGCAAAACCCCACAGGGAGAGGCGAGAGUCCACGACCCGGAGGCCCGUAGUGGUGUUGAUCUCCAUGCAGAAGGAGAGCCCCGUGGAGGAGAGGGAGGAGCCGCUGGCGGCCCUAACCCUAGAAGGGGGAGCAUCGUCAACCGGUUCCCAAGCGACCCGGGGCGAGGCCUCGGAGGUGGUGCCGGAGGUGGAACAGCCUCCUGGGACCGCCACCCAGGCGGAGGGCGAUGCACCCGGGACGGAUCCGCCUCCAACUGCCAGCGACCCGAGUCUGGAAUCGGGGCUGUGCUCCUCGGAGGUGGACAUCCAGAUCGUGCCGGGGCCAAAGGACGACGUCCCCGCUGUCCCCCCCGGCCAGCGGGAGAGGAAGGCGGUCCGGCCCCAGCAGGAGGCUCCCAGUCCGGUCCUGGACACGAAACCCCCGAAGGCUACGAGGAAGAGCUCAGCCCAAACUGUCAUCGUGAACAUGGUGGAGAAACCCCCCAACACCGUGUUCUCCCCCCCCAGGCGCAAGCUGCCCUUCUCCAAGUCGGAUAAGGAUCUGGUGAACCAGGAAAGAUCUUUGGCCAUGUUCAGGGACGACUCUAAAUCAGGAUCCAGAAGCAGAGAGGUGGGCCGCCCCGGCCCUAAAAAGAAAGCGCGAAUGUCCCGGACGCGCUCCGACUUCCUCACCCGCUGUAACUCCGAGGGGGCGACCCAGUCGGACGACGAUGACGAAUACUACAUCCCCGUCCACUCCCGUACCCUGCCCCCCUCCCCCCCUUCCCUAAACGCCCACCCCGAGGCCGACUGUCACAGCGACCCCGACAUGUCGUCCUCUGCUCUGCAGCCUCACAAAGGCCAGAAGAAGAUCCACAAGACUAUGUCAUCCGGAGACCUGGGCAAGGUGGAGGUCCUCAGGAAGACCUCCAGUCAGGAUGGAAGCAGGAUGAGAGGAAGGAUCCGAUUCUGGAGUAAGACGAAGCACGGCGAGAAGAAGCUGUCGAGAGAGAAACAGGCCAGCGGGAGCGAAGCUGCAGAAACACAUGAAGCCCCUUCUUCUCCUCCUCACAGUCCAGAUUUGGAGGCAGCUCCGUCUGGGGGGCUCAGGGACAGCAAGGAGAACAAGGAGCCGUCUCCCAAAAUGAGGAGGCGUCGCAGCGUGAAGAUCAGCAGCGUGGCUCUGGAACCGGCCCAGUGGCAAAACGACGCCCUGCACAUCCUGAGCUCGGCCCACGACUACCGCACCAUGAACGACUUCCUCAUGAAGAAGAUUGCCGACCUGGAGUCCGAGGACGGUAAGAAGGACACCAUGGUGGACGUUGUCUUCAAGAAAGCGCUGAGGGAGUUCAGGAUCAACAUCUUCAACUCCUACUCCACCGCCCUGGCGAUGGAUGAUGGGAAGAGCAUCCGUUACAAGGAUCUCUACGCGCUGUUUGAGCACAUCCUGGAGAAGACCAUGCGCCUGGAGCAGAGGGACUGGUGCGAGUCGCCGGUGAAGGUGUGGGUCAACACCUUCAAGGUCUUCCUGGACGAGUUCAUGACCGAGUACAAGCCCGCGGAGGGAACCAUCGGCAGGGCUCCAAAACGUGAACGCAAAAAGUCGAGGAAGAAGGAAACCGACAUAGUGGAAGAACACAACGGCCACAUCUUCAAGUCCACUCAGUACAGCAUCCCCACCUACUGCGAGUACUGCUCCUCCCUCAUCUGGAUGAUGGACCGAGCCUGCGUCUGCAAGCUGUGUCGCUACGCUUGCCACAGGAAGUGCUGCUCCAAGAUGACCACCAAGUGCAGUAAAAAGUACGACCCGGAGCUGUCGUCGCGGCAGUACGGCGUGGAGCUGUCCAGACUGACCAGCGAGGAGCGAGCGGUUCCUCAGCUGGUGGAGAAGCUCAUCAACUACAUCGAGAUGCACGGCCUCUACACGGAGGGCAUCUACCGGAAGUCGGGCUCCACCAAUAAGAUCAAAGAGCUCCGCCUGGGGCUGGACACAGAUGUGAGCGUAGUGAGCUUGGACGACUACAACAUCCACGUCAUCGCCAGCGUCCUCAAACAGUGGCUCCGCGACCUGCCCAGCCCUCUCAUGACCUUUGAACUGUACGAGGAGUUCCUCAGGGCCAUGGGUCAGCCUGACCGGCGGGAGGUGAUCCGGGGCGUGUACUCGGUGAUCGACCAGCUGAGCAGGACACACCUCAGCACGCUGGAGCGCCUCAUCUUCCAUCUCGUCAGGAUCGCUCUGCAGGAGGAGACCAACAGGAUGUCGGCUAACGCCCUCGCCAUCGUGUUCGCUCCUUGCAUCCUCCGCUGCCCCGACACCAUCGACCCGCUGCAGAGCGUCCAGGACAUCAGCAAGACCACGGCGUGUGUGGAGCUGAUCAUCAACGAGCAGAUGAGCAAGUACAAAGCUCGUCUGAAGGACAUCAACAGCCUGGAGUUUGCAGAGAGCAAAGCCAAGAGCAGACUGAGCCACAUCAGGAAGUCCAUGAAACCUGUACUAAUUGCUAUUAGGUUUAUGAGCAUAACCCGCACUUCCACCCCGAACAAAGGUCACUUUCGGCAGAGCGGCACCCGCACGCCCUCGCCGCCACUCAGCCCCAAAGUGGCCCCUGUGGUGGUGAUGGAUGGAGAGAGUGCAGGAGGAGGAGGGGGAGGAGGAGAGGAUGCUGAAGAGGCCGGGCUGAACGAGCAGCAGCAGCAGGCGAUGCAGCGGGAAGAGCGAAUCCUCACCGAGCAGAUCGAGAGCCUGCAGAAGGAAAAGGAGGAGCUGACGUAUGAGAUGUUGAUCUUGGAGCCGCGGACGUCAGACGAUGACACGCCGGAGUCUGAAGCGUCCAUCGGCACAGCGGACAGCUCUGAGAACAUCACCAUGGAGACGGAGGGGGCCACGUCGGACCCAUCUGAGCGCGGCCCGUAUCCAUCCAGAAAGUCUGAGUCAAAGAGCCGACGAGCUUUCAGCCGUCAGCCCGACUCCCAGGACUCCGUGGACUCCGUCUCCACCGUCUCCUCCUCCUACCACCCGUCCUCCUCCCUCUCCUCCAACGCCUCCGGCUCGCCCUCCCCUCACUACCGCUUCCGCUCCUCCUCCUCCGGGCCCCUGCUCACCUCCUGCGGCUUGGGCGCCCCCCCGACGGCCGAGGCCGAGGCGGGCCGGGGAGCCGGCAAGACCCGGCACCGCCUCAGGCUGAGCCGCAGCUCGCCGCGAGAGCCCUCGGGGGGCCACCGCAGGGAGCCGGACUUCAGCUCGGGGCCCCAGCAGCUGGUUCUGUACGGCAGCAACGAGUUCAUGGUCUGAAGCCGCCAUGUUGGGUGAGAGGAGAGGAGGGGGGGGAGGGGGGUUAGGCGAGGCCGGUGUUGCCUGCUGCCGUCCCUCCCCCCCUGGUCCAAAUGGAGCAGAACGCUGUGAGAGUAAAAGAAGCCCAGAGCGGGGACGUGUCACAGAGGGACGGAGGGACAAGUCGAGAGACGGCCCGUUGACUCUUGAUCUAAGAAGCCACACCUGCAAAGCCAAAUCUUAGAACCCCCAUCUUUGUUUUUCAGCAUGAGGCGGGUGGGUAAGCCCCCGCAUCAACAUGUAGCCAAACUGGGUGACCUGGUGGACGUUUGGUCCGCAUCCAGCCGAGCCGAGUUCGCUUUACACGUUUACACGGGACGCCAUCACGCUUUUUCCUACCUUAGUUUAAAGAGUCUGUACAGAAAUGGGUUUAUUAUUAUUAUUGUUGUUGUUGUUGUUAUGUUACAGAGGAAAACAACGUGCACUCCAGUGCUGCUCCUGGUCGUUCCUUGUUGAUUGGUCUCUACUUCCUGUUGUUGUUGUUGUUGUCUGUUUCUGUCCUCACUCGUUUUUCUUUCUCCUCCUCUUCUCUUGUUGAGCCUCGGGUGUCCUCCUUGAGAAAUAAUAAUCCUUAGGAUAAAAGGAGGAGAAGCCGUGGAUCCGUGCGUCCGGUGUCACGUUUACCUUCACACAUCCAUUUAUUCACAAGUGGGUCCUGCGUUUGGUUCCAUUUCCUUCAGAAACAUCAGUGUUACUACAUCAGAACUUGAAUUGUUUUCUACAUAUAUAUACAUAUGUAUUAUACAGAUAUAUAUGUAUGUAUGUAUAUAUAUAUAUAUAUAUACACAUACAUGUAUAUAUCAUUAAUGUCUUAUAGGUGUUGUUUAUUGAUAAAGAUUUCAUGUUUUUGUCGUCUAUUGUUUCAUAGUUUAUUUUUGUUCAGAUGAAAGCCAUUUUUCCCUUUAUGUCUUUGUGUUUUUGUUUGAAAGAAUGAAUGAUUCCAGCCACUGUAUCAGCUCCCACGUUGUGCACGUGUUACCUUCUCCACACACACACACACACACACACAAGUACACACAAACACACACACACACACACACACACACACACACAGAAUUCUUGUAAAGCUGAAAAACACCCUCAGAGUGACACUAAAACUGGAGCAUUGUGACAUGUUUGACGUCUACGCGUCGUUGCACCUUUGGGGACACUUUUCCACUCACUCCGUCCACGAUGUCCUCCGAGCCGUCCGUCUUCUUCAUACUACGUCAGCGUCUCCUCCAUCCUCCAGUGAGAAGUAGCAGCCGGCUCCGCCCGACAACGUCUCUCUCUCCCUGCAACAGAUUCAGUUUUCUACUCGCCGGCUUCGCAGCACUGUUGUACUUUAAAGGUCUUGUUGACCCCCCCCCCCCCCCCCCUUUACAGCAAACAAACCAACAAACAUAUAUUUAAAAGAAGUGAAUGUACGUGUCACUGGAAGGCAUGCUGUGCUUUCUCUGGUUGUUUUUGUUCCUCUUUUAUACACAUGUACUAUUUAUGAUCAUGCUUUUGGGGUGUACAUUGGUUUAAAAGAAUCUGUUAUAAAAGGUGUUAUAAAAGGAUAUAUUAUCCUGUGUAUGGUUCAUUAUCUACUAUUAAUCAUAGCAACAUUUUUAACACGCCACACUGGGCGUGUCAUGUUUGUGCUACAAAGCGAGUAAAAAAAAAAAAAAGAAGGAAAAGAACGCGCUUUGUCUCUUUGUCGGCGCCACUCUGGACACUGUUAUGUAUGCGGCGCAGUUUGUGUUAUAUUUCUUUUUUUUUAAUGAUACAAACAUGUUUAUGGUUGUAAGAAGAAAAAAUACUUUAUGGGGGAAAUUCAUCUGCUUAUUAAAAAAAGCCAAACUGCAACCAAA